CAGAAAGCUGACACCGCCACCCAGCCCAAGUUGCGUUUCUUCAAACAUUCAUCAGUCGUCUUCUGGUCGUGAACGUGUCAAGACACGCGUGCACCUGCUCACACACUCUGCCUUCACUCACCCUGUGCAGUCAUGUUUUCGAAGGCAAUGUUUUAUGGGAGACGGAAUGCUGCCUUGGAGAACCAGGACAUGGAGCAAGCUGACUGGAUAGCUCCAUUAGAGCCUGAAGGCAGUGACAUCGAGGUUGAUGACCCCGAAGACUGUGACAUCAGGGACCCUACCUUCACUCCUGACGACGACCUAGACCAGGAUGAAGCAUAUGAAGAACCUUCAACUUCUAGAGGUAGACAAGGUCACAAGGUCAGUAGGGUUAUCCCUCAAGCUAUGCCGGAGGAAGAGGAGGAAGUGCAAUCUUCUAGUAAGAAGUCCAAGAAUCGACACUGGAAGAAGGAAGACAUUCAAUAUGAGCCUCUGCCUGACUUCAUUCAUCCUCGUCCCGACUUUCUGAGACAGCCGUAUGAGUACUUCUCUCUUUUCUUCACUUCCGAAGUGAGAGAACACAUUACAUACCAGAGUAACCUGUACUCCAAGCAGCAGGAUGUGGCCAGUAACUUCAACAUGAGUGAAGAGGAACUUUUGGUUUUCCUGGGCAUCAUAAUGUACAUGGGGCUGGUUCCUUUGCCCAGUAUUGUGGACUAUUGGGCUGUCCAGACAAGAGUUCCUCAAGUUGCUGACUUUAUGUCGAGGAACCGCUUUAAGUCAAUACGUUCGAAGCUGCACUUCAAUGACAAUGACCAAGCAAGUGGAUCACAAGACAAGUUUUUCAAGGUGCGACCAAUCUUCACCAAUGUUACCAAGGAGUUCCUGAAGGUGCCUGAAACUCCAGUCAAUUCCAUAGAUGAGGUGAUGGUCGCGUACAAGGGAACUACGGCUGGUAACCUUCGCCAGUAUGUAGCCAAGAAGCCAGACAAGUGGGGCUACAAGCUUUUCUGCCGUUCCAGUGUGGACGGGUUUAUACAUGAUAUCCUCAUGUAUCAAGGAGCUCCAACCUUUGUGAGCCAUCCUACAACACUUUCAGAAGAGGAGAGCUCAAUGAAUGUGACUACAAAGUUUGUUGUUGCCUUAGUCAAGACCAUCAAAGACCCAAGGAAUUCAGCUGUGUAUGCUGACAAUUACUUUACAAGCAUUGGCUUAGCAGAGUACUUGAGGUCCCAGUAUGGAUGCCGAUAUGUGGGCACUGCUAGGGAGAACAGAGUUGGCUUUCCACCCCUGCAGUCUGUGAAGGACAUGAAUAAGAAGUCGGUACCAAGGGGCACUCUUGAGUACGUGUCAUCUGAUGGCAUCCUCAUUGCUAGAUGGAAGGACAACAGCAUUGUCACAAUCCUGUCUACGGAUGUUGGCGUGGAGCCCUUGGGCGAGAUUGAUCGGUACUCCAAAGAGGUCAAGAAGAAGGUUCCUGUGACAUGCCCAUAUGUAAUUGCAAAAUACAACAGCCGAAUGGGCGGCAUAGACAAAAGUGAUAUGCUAACGCAUCUUUACAAGACCCCCUUCAAAGCUAAGAAAUACUACAUGAGGCUUUUUGCCUACAUCCUGGACCUGAUUGUAUGCAAUGCAUGGAUCUUAUACAAGAGGGACUGUUUGGCAUUGCAGUCACUGUGCAAGUGUAUGCCCCUCAAGAGGUUUCGUCUGGACAUCUCUACUUGGCUGAGGAGCUUCAAGAUGUCUACUACCAGGGUCACCAGAACUUCCCUUGGCACUCGAGAUGUCCCUCUGCCUAGGCGGGGUCAAAGGGCGAUCUUGCCAACUGUAGAAGCCCGUCAGGAUGCCACCUCUCUCCAUAUGCCGAAGCAUGUGGAGAUGAGACAGACUUGCAAGUACUGUUCCAACAAGGAUCACAUUCACAGGUCUCGUUGGAUGUGUGAAGAAUGUAAGGUGGCGUUGUGUCUAACUGACACAAGGAACUGCUUUGCUAUGUUCCACAAAGCUGGUUCAGUGUAAUGUACCUAUGCCA